GACUUUCACACACCACUACAGACAUCCUCCACCAUGGAAUCACCCAAUUCGGAUCUUUCGGACUACGCCAGCGAUGACUUCCCCGACGAGGUCAAAUCCCGCCGGUUCAUCGAGCACACUCCUGAACAUGAACCGUCGGCACGCCCCAGCAAACGACUACGCCUACACAACCGCGCGCCAUCCUCCCCACCUCCCUCUGCCAUCAUUCCACCUCUAGAAGACCCUGGCGAUCUCUCCGAAGAUACCGAUGGCAGUGUUCCCGCGUCGCCUCACCACCCGGGGAUGAGCGCCGAGGACGACUUCGGGCAGGAUCAGGUCACAGUGUGUAAAUGGGAGGGCUGUGAGGUCGGCGAUUUAGACAACAUGGACAAUCUCGUGGAGCAUCUUCAUGAGGAUCAUAUUGGGACACGACAAAAGAAGUACAGCUGUGAAUGGAGCGACUGCAACAGAAAAGGAAUCCCGCAUGCUAGCGGCUAUGCAUUGAGAGCACACAUGCGCAGUCAUACGAGGGAGAAGCCUUUCUACUGUACAUUGCCUGAAUGCGAUCGCAGCUUCACACGCUCCGAUGCUCUAGCCAAGCACAUGCGUACCGUCCACGAGACAGAGGCCCUCCGACCCUCGGAUCCUGUUCCCAAACACCAUUCGUCCAACCCAUCCAACAAGUUCCAGCGCAUCAAGUUGGUCCUGAGUGAUACGAAGCGCGCUGCUGAAGGAAAAGGCUCUACGCCCCCCUCGCCCGUUGCCCCCGUCCCGCCACCUGUAUCGCAGAACAUUGCCGCAGACUCCGAGUACACGCACAACAACAUCACAUACGUGCAGGAUGCUACGAUACCCAACGCACCCACCAUGGUGCAGUUUCCUCCCGACAUCUCCUUUUCCCCAGAUGAGCUGUCGCUACCUGCACCUGAACUGUUCAAACUGCUGCACAGACAAUUGCUCUGGGCAACACAGGAAAGUGAACAGCUUCGUGUAGAGGUCGAGAUUGCAGAAAAGAAGCGCAGAGACGAAUGGAUUGCCAAAGAAUUAUUAGUGGAGAACGUCAUGGAAGCUGAGAUAGCCAAGGCGCAGCGUAUGCGUCUUGAACAGGGGCUCACUGAUGACCCUCAGCAUCUACAAUACUUGGCGAGGGACGCAGAUCCCUCGACACAAUUAAGUGUAGAGCCUUCGAGGGAAGGGAAGGUGCCGUGGUGGAGGGAGGAAGAUUGGGGGCAGAGGUUCGCUGUUGGUAUCAAAACGCCAAAAGAAGAGCCUACCGAGCCACAGCCCGAUGACGCUGUCGCAACGGCAGAGACUUAG